AUUAAUUAGCUAUUUUAUUUUUCACUUAAUUCUUUUUCCUUUUGGCAUAUCUGCAUAGCAAUGAGUUGUUGGUAGUUGAGUGUGUCCCAUAUUGCUCAAUAUAUUCUUCCUUGAUUCAGGGAAUAUCUUGAAAUUGUAGUAUCAAAAGAUAUAAAUCUUGGGGCAAUCGACGGUAAACAUGGACAAAUCUUUGGUUUUGGAUAUCGACGUUUCACAUCAAGGUGUGGGCUUAACAAAUCUACACUUCACAACUGCAAAGGGUCGUUCAUUUCGAGAGGGCAGAGUACAGUUAGGUCUUGGCCAAUGUUGAAUCUUCAUCAUCAUUAUGCAACUCAGGCUACUGCAACAGAGAAUAAAUCAAGGAAGAUGCUCUUUUAUUUGGUGGGUUUAGUUUUUGCUAUGGUAGGGGCUAGUUAUGCUGCUGUUCCUCUGUACAGGAGGUUCUGCCAAGCCACGGGAUAUGGAGGUACAAUUCAACGUCGGGAGAGUGUUGAAGAAAAGAUCGCCCGGCAUGAGAAAGAUGGAAGAGUUACUUCCAGGGAGAUUGCUGUGCAAUUCAAUGCUGAUGUAGCAGACGGGAUGCCUUGGAAGUUUAUUCCAACACAGCGCGAGGUAAGAGUAAAACCAGGAGAGAGCGCUCUUGCCUUUUACACUGCUGAAAAUCGAAGCUCGACUCCUAUUACAGGCAUAUCAACAUACAAUGUAACCCCCAUGAAGGCUGCUGUGUAUUUCAAUAAAAUACAGUGUUUUUGCUUUGAGGAACAACGAUUGCUUCCUGGGGAGCAGAUUGAUAUGCCUGUUUUCUUUUACAUUGAUCCCGAGUUUGAAGCCGACCCCAAAAUGGAUGGCAUCAACAAUUUGAUCCUAUCAUACACAUUCUUUAAGGUCUCGGACAAAUAAAAUAGCUGCUUUGCUCUUGUACCUGGGUGUGGUCGCUACCGGAGAUGUAACUACUACAGGAAUAACUUUGUUUUAGUGGCCGACAAGGGAAAGAAUGGUGAAAACAUUAUAUCACCUAUAGUUUGUGUUAUUAUGGGAGCAAAAAGAGCAUUUGAAAUCCUAAUACAAUAAUUUAAAAGAGCACAGAAAAAUAGGAAUGGCUACAUCAAUUGUAACCUUUUCGUUAGCCAUAUUUUGUCUUUCUGUUGUGUUGGACGAUAAAUCUUAUCCACUUCCUUGGUUGUGUAUUAUACUUGUACUAAAACUAAGAUGUAGAUCGUUACUAUAAACUAAAAAUCAAUAUAGAACUCAACUUGAAUACCUUAAUAUUACACAUUUCUUAUAAGCGAUUAUUUCUUCUUUUGUAGUGCCUUUGACUUCGCUGCUUCUUUCUCCUUUGCGUAGUAAUUAUGUGCUCAUAUUCUUCAAUGAAUCUUGAAAGCCAUUUUGGAUUUCUAGUAGAAAUCAUCCGAUGGAAAAACCAAUACAUAGUCCACAUCCAUAGCCCAAAAGGACAACCUUCCAUUCAAUGAGAAAUUGAGAAUAUAUUUCUUGAUCUAGCAAUGAUGGUGUAUAAUUUUUUUCUACUACCCUAUCAUUAAGACAUCUUUUCGUAAAUGGGAAUCCAUGUAAUCCGUCAUUACCUUGAAAUUCGUAUGAAUUCGAUUCAAAGGUA